UCUCAACAUGAUGCUUGAAUAUAGGGGUUUGUAUAUAGACAGUACCUGGGGGUCCUAGUGAUCUUUUGGAGACUCACGUGUAUAUUUGAAUAACUCUUGUAAGCCUGUUUUGAUCCCAGUUGGAUAAAAACUCCUUAGUGGCAUCUCCUGCUGAAACCAGUUCUUUCAGUACUGACAUAAGUUUGAAGAGCUCAUUGUAGAAUUUAUUUGAGUAUCAAGAUAAUAUAGGUAUUGCAUUAUCUAGCUGAAAUAAGUAAGCAGAUCGUGAAUUAUCUACAUUGAUAACAUCUUUCGAACUCCAUCCUAAUUUUAACAAAUUUUUGGCGAAAUAUACUCCCUUGUAGAAAGUAUGGUGUUCCCUGUAAAACUGGUGAAACCCAAUUCCCUUUUUAUCAAGUUUUUGGAUCAAGAGCUUGACAUGUGGGGAAAGUGAUGCUGUGAACAUUACUAUUUCGAAGUUCUCAGGCAUGCUUAUUCCAAAAGUUCAAUGGUUCCAGGUCUCACUAAAACAUAUACAUUGUAGUAUUAGUUUUCUAUCUCUACUGUCGUCUUUAUGUUAGGUGGAAGGAUAGGUUUGAAGGAGGAAUUAACUAAAGUUUCAUCGAGAUCAAGCACCAUGGUCUUCUUUCCCUUAUCCUUCUCUUUUUUCUCAGGUAAGUAAUACCUACCUGAGUGCUCCCUUUGGUUUAGUUAUAGGAAAUACUCUCUCCGUUAUAGCCAGCUUGAGCUAUGACUGAGUUCAACUUGUUAGUUUUCCCUCUUUUUGGCAAGAUUGGCUCUGAGUUAUUAAGCUUCAGAGUUUUGUAAUUUCCUUGAUUGAUUAGAUUCUUUGCAAUCUUUCUUGAACUCUUAGGCACCAUUAAAUGUUGUAAGCUGUAAAGGUUUGCUCCAAUAGUUAUUUUUCAUAUUCA